AUGUUUAGAAACAUAAUUAAUCUAACACAUUCACUUGCGUAUAGACAACCAAUAUUCAAUUUAUUAAUAAGACCAUUUUCAAUAACAUCUAUAAAUUUCACAGUUAAAAAACAAGGAGGUAUAAAAUACGAUCAAACAUAUAAAAUAACAAAAUAUAUCAAGAAAAUAGAUGAAAAUAAAUAUACAAUAGGUCAAGAACAUCCAAAAGGUGUCAAAGUACCUAAAUCCAUACCAGAAUUUCCAUCAUAUAAAUAUGAGACUCGUUUUUUUAAACGUCAAAAUUUUGGCCUAUAUGGUGGUUUACAAAGAAAGAGAUCCAAAUCAUCAAGUAAGUUUUUAACCAAGAAUUUAAGGGCCCAUUUACCAAAUAUUCAAAAAGCAAGCCUCUGGUCAGAAAUAUUGAAUAAGAAAAUUAAAACUAGAGUAUCUACUAGAGUUUUAAGAACAUUAACUAAAGAAGGUGGAUUAGAUCAAUAUUUAUUAAAGGAUAAAUCUGCAAGAAUUAAAACUAUGGGUUUAUAUGGAUGGAAAUUAAGAUAUAAAUUAUUAAAGAAAUUAGAACAAGAUGAACGUGGAUAUUUCCAAUUUGAAAAUAAAUUAAAACCAAUUCAACAUAUAACUAAAGAUGGUAGAAAAUUUAUAAGUUCAAAAGAAGAAUUAUUACCUUUAUUAUAUAAUGAAAUUCAAAAUGAUAGUUAUUAUCCAAUUAAACAAUCACAAAUGGAAAGACAAUAUUCAUGGUUAAGUUAUGACGAAAUUGUUAAUAAAUUGGAUGAUUGUAAUGUUGAUUUAACUAGAUUUACUGUGUAA